CAUGACCAUGAUGUUGUGAAUUUGACAGGUCCUAUAAAAGCCAGACUAAGCCAUUUGCAACCAUUAUUGGCCAUUUUUGAGAUAGAAGGAAGGAAGCUACAAGACAAACGAAUAUUUUCCCGAAAAGUACAUUAGUUGUCAACUAAUUUAUUUCGAAAAGUACGAGAUCCAAGAUGUCACUUACUGUGAAAGCAUUUUUGGUGAAAGGAGGGAAUGAGAAGGCCGAAAUUCGACGCUUCACAGUGCCUCAAGAUGUAUCCGCAAGUUUUGACUACCUGCAGAAGAAGAUCGCUGAUAUCUUCCCAGGACUGGCUCGAGGCAACUUUAAUUUGUUUUGGAAAGAUGAGGAUGGUGAUCUUAUUGCCUUCUCAACUGGAGAGGAGUUGCUUGAGGCUUUGGGAUUCGUGGACAAUGGACUUUUCAGAGUUUUUGUUAAACCAACAUCUCAGUCAAGUGGUGACAAACCAGCGGGAAAUACUCCCAUGCAGGAGCAUCCUGGAAUCAUCUGCGAUGGAUGCGAGGGUAAAGUGAUCGGAAGACGGUACAAGUGUACUGAGUGUCCAGAUUAUGACCUGUGUCAGAGCUGUGAGUCCAAGGGAAUCCACUCGGAGCAUAACUUCAUGAUGUAUGACACACCUGUCCACCCUGGAUAUGGAUUCCCCUUCUCCUGGCCCCCAAGACCCCAGUGUCCCCCUGGGCCCCGUGGACCUUGUGGCCAAGGACAACCCCCAUGUGCCCCUCCCCACUUUUUCCGUUGGAUGGAGAGAAUGGCAAGGAGACAGCAAAACAGAGAUAAUGCUGGCUGUCCCAGGAGUGGCCAAAGGAACGCUGAAGAUCAAGGGUCAAAUGACACCAGUGGAGAGGGUGCCUACAAUCCUGAGGAAUUCCUGCAGAAUGUUGGCCAGAGUGUGGCUGCUAUGCUUGAUCCAUUAGGAAUUGAUGUUCAAGUGGAUGUGGAACAUGGAGGACGUAGAUGCCCAGCUUGGGGACAGGGUGGAGGAUGCAAGGGAAAGAGAAGUGGAAAGUGUGGACAAGGAAAAUGUGGAAACAAAGGAGAACAGGAGGAGAAAAUGGAGUCUGACAAAGUGGAGACUGAACAGAUGAAGACCCCAGAGGAGGCUACUCCAAUGGCCACCGACAAUGCCGACAAGCUGCAGACAGAUGGACCAUCCACAAGCGCAGAAAAUGCCCCAAACCCAUCUGAAAAGGUCACCAAGGACUUUGAAACCUGGACCCUCCUUGAGGAUGGCAAUGGAUCUGGGAGAACCCCAUCUCCCCCUGCUCCUACCCCAGUACAGCCCCCUCCCACCCAGCUGAUCUAUCCCCCCACAGAUCCAAGAAUUGCAGAAGCCCUGCAGCAGAUGCUUGGAAUGGGAUUUCACAAUGAGGGAGGAUGGCUACAGAACCUGUUGGAGCAGAAGGAGGGAAACAUCAGCCAGGUGUUGGACGCCAUCCAGACCAGAGCCAAGACCACCCCUGAUGGCGGCUUCAUGGCCUAAACCCAUGGGAAAGAUGGAAAUAUUUAGAAUUAGAGACAGAUUGGACUUUUUCUUGACUUUAAAUUUUUGGUGGAUGUUGUAAUUUUUUGUAGUUUGGUAACUUUUCUGAUUAAUAUGAAUCACUACCUAUAGUGUGUGCUUAUUCUGUUUGUUUUGAAUUGUUUUUUAUUCUAGUAUUUUGAAACUACAUGACUUGUGUAUUUUUAUUUAUUUUUCUAACCAUGUAAACAUUGAAAUCAAUCUUGCUUAACACAGACAUUAUGAUUUUGAAGAUGUAUAUUUAAAAAUUGUUAAACCUGUUAACGAUAAUUGUGGUACUGCUUUCCCGAAAUGAUAAAAUAUUUAAUUGAUAAUCAAAUAAAUUACAUAAAUUAAACAACUGCUGUUGAUAUUUAACCAUAUUAUGGGUAACUUGUUUUAUCCUGCAAAAAGUAGUACUGCAGUUAUAGUGAACCAGCUUUUAUGUCAAAUUGCUUUAUGAAUACAUGUAUCAUCAGUCGGAUUUCCUGUUGUUGGGCUGGUUCUAAUUAGACUUACAAUUUAGAGUUAUUUCAAAGAUCAUGUAUGAUAACAAGAAGGGAUGACCUAUUAUUAUUUUUAGACAAAUUGGGAAUUGUUGAAUCUUUGAUAUUUCAUUUAGUAAAUUGUCUAUUUUAAAUCUUUUGAUCUUACUUAGAACCUACUACAUGAAAAUUUUUUGUUAUGUUAUUUUCUUGCCUACUUUUUAAUGACCAAAAUUCAAUAAAAAAAAAAUCAUCAAAAUAA